GGUCUAGUCUUCUGUGUCUCGUAUUGGCCCAAGCUGGACCAGACUACAGCGGGUGCGUGUUGGACGUACAACGAGUACGUCUACUUCCAAUCAAAAGACACCGAUUUUUCUUUCUCGGAUCUCUCUAGAAAACGGACCUUGGCUUGAUCCGAUUCGUUUUGACCUGUAAUGGGAGUAUGCUCAGUGUGAUAUUACUGGCCGAUUAACACGGAUUCAAGCGACAUCUCUUGACUAACGCUUAUAGUUGUGAAAAAUAAGAUCUCCGGUUGAACAGUAUUAUCUGUCAAAAGGUGUCCAACUUCCCCCCGAUUGACAAUGUGUGGCUAUUACUAGCCGCGUAAUCUGAGAAAAAAAUUAGAGUCAAACUUUUCGGAAAGAGGGUCGUUUGUCGCUAUGAGAGCAGAGGGGUAAGGCUAGCUCCCUGGCUAGGCUAAGUAGCUAAGCUAAGUGGCUAGGCUAAGCCUCUGUCGCCCUUCCAGUCCACCACCACCAGAGGAGGGGCAGCCGGGCUUUGUAGCAUUGCAGAUCUGUCCUGUUACGAGGUGUUGAUGCAUUUUUGUUGCCGCAGGAAUGGAGAACCACAAAUACCACCAACUCAGAGGAUCCGUUGAACUGCACUAACGGCUCUUCUGUGUGUGUGUAUAUAUAGGUUUUUGUAUGUACUUGAGGAUAUUCUCUUCGGGUGUGGAUAAGAAGAAAACAACAGGAGCCCCCCCUGAAAGGAAAUAAGUAACAACCAACGUCAGGGCUCGGAUCAGGUCUGCCGGCCGGGGCACGGUCUGAGACUGAGAGGAAAACCUAGUGUAAAGUGUCUUUAUUUGUGGGGGAAGAAGUCUGCGGGAAAAUGAGAAAAUACCGCACGUCCCAUUACCCCAUGAGAUACUGUAAGGACACAUGUGAAAGAGCGAGCUCAUGAAUGAUCCGCAUUCAACUAGGUCCUAGCCGGUAUUAGCACAAGUUUUGAACACAUUCAAGGUGAUAUUACUGCAGAUCGACACACCGCUCCGGACACGCCGAGGAAGCGUUUGAUCGGCGUCCUUCUGUGAAGAUUUUUAUUCAAAAUCAGUUUCAAAACACAGUCGGAAUCAUGUCGGGAGAAGUACGUUUGAAGAAACUGGAAAAGCUGAUCCUGGACGGGCCAGCUCAGUCUAAUGGCCAAUGUCUUAGUGUGGAAACGCUAUUGGAUUUCUUCAUCUGUCUCUACGACGAAUGCAACAACUCCCCGCUCAGAAGAGAGAAGAACAUUUUGGAGUUUUUGGAAUGGGCGCGACCCUUCACCUCCAAGGUGAAGCAGAUGAGGCUGCACAAGGAGGACUUCGAGAUCCUCAAGGUGAUUGGACGAGGAGCCUUCGGAGAGGUUGCCGUGGUGAAGGUGAAGAAUGCAGACAAGGUGUUUGCCAUGAAGAUCCUCAACAAGUGGGAAAUGUUGAAAAGGGCUGAGACGGCGUGUUUUCGGGAGGAGCGGGACGUGCUGGUGAACGGGAACAGCCAGUGGAUCACCACCCUGCACUAUGCCUUCCAGGAUGACAACAACCUGUACCUGGUGAUGGACUACUACGUGGGCGGGGACCUGCUGACCCUGCUCAGUAAGUUUGAGGACCGGCUGCCGGAGGAAAUGGCCCGCUUCUACCUGGCGGAGAUGGUGCUGGCCAUCGACUCUGUGCACCAGCUGCACUACGUCCACAGGGAUAUCAAGCCUGACAACAUCCUGAUGGAUAUGAACGGACACAUCCGCCUGGCCGACUUUGGCUCCUGUCUCAAGCUGAUGGAGGAUGGAACGGUGCAGUCUUCGGUGGCGGUGGGGACCCCUGACUACAUCUCCCCAGAGAUCCUGCAGGCCAUGGAGGACGGCAAGGGGAAGUACGGCCCCGAGUGCGACUGGUGGUCCCUGGGGGUCUGCAUGUACGAGAUGCUGUACGGAGAGACCCCCUUCUACGCAGAGUCCCUGGUGGAGACCUACGGGAAGAUCAUGAACCACAAGGAGCGGUUUCAGUUCCCGCAGCAGGUAGCCGAUGUGUCGGAGGAAGCGAAGGACCUGAUUCGCCGGCUCAUCUGCAGCCGGGAGCACCGAUUGGGCCAGAAUGGCAUAGAAGACUUCCAGCAGCACCCAUUCUUCUCUGGCAUCGACUGGGACAACAUCCGCAACUGUGAGGCCCCCUACAUCCCGGAGGUCAGCAGCCCCACAGACACGUCCAACUUCGACGUGGACGACGACUGUCUCAAAAACUCGGAGACCAUGCCCCCUCCCUCACACACAGCGUUCUCGGGUCACCACCUGCCCUUCGUGGGCUUCACCUACACCAGUAAAUGCGUGCUGUCAGACAGGGGCAGCCUGCGGGACCUGGCGGGGCAGGCGGGCCGGGGCGGGCUGGACCAGGUGGAAGCCUGCCUGCAGGACAGCCUGGCCACCGAGGCCUACGAGAGGAGGAUCCGGCGGCUGGAGCAGGAGAAGCUGGAGCUCAGCCGCAAGCUGCAGGAGGCGACCCAGACGGUGCAGGAGCUGCAGCACCCGGGUUCGGAGCUUCCCCUGACCCCCAGCCGGGAGCUGGAGAUCAGGAGCCUGAAGAGUGAGAUCGACCUCCUCAAGAAGCAGAUCGCCGACUCGGGCCAGAUCGAGAAGCAGCUGGAGGAUGUGACCUCAGCCAGGAGGGACAUGGACGACUCGUCCAAACACACCAGGAACCUGGAGAAGCAGAUCCGGAGCCUGACCCAGGAGAAGGACGACCUGCACAAGGACAUGGUGGAGGCCAGUGAGAAGCUCAAGGCCCAGUCCAAGGACCUGAAGGAGGCUCACGGCCAGAGGAAGCUGGCCAUGCAGGAGUUCUCGGAGCUCAACGAGAGGCUCACGGACCUCAGGACGACCAAGCAGCGUCUGGUGCGGCAGCUGCGGGACAAGGAGGAGGAGAUGGAGAGCCACGCCCAGAAGGUGGAGGCCCUGCGGCUGGAGGUGCGCAAGGCGGACAGGGCUAAGAAGGAGCUGGAGAUGGUAGCGGAGGUGCAGACGGCCGAGGCCCAGAAGGAGAGGAAGCUGAGGGAGAGGAACGAGCAGUACAGCCGACAGCUGGAGGAGGAGCUGGAGGGAUUCAAGUCCAAGCAGGGCCUGUCCCCCACCACCAGCCCCGGGGACCCCACGGCGGCGGCCUCCUCCCAGGAGGGGGCGCUGCGCCCGCGGGCCGACCUGGAGCAGAAGGUGGGCCACUACGAGGAGGAGCUGGGCCGGCGGGAGACGCAGCACGCCUCGGAGCUCAAGGCGAUGCGCAAGGAGCUGCGCGACGGCGAGGGCCAGCACCUGGCGCUGCAGAAGGAGAUCCUCAUGCUGAAGGACAAGCUGGAGAAGACCCGCCGAGAGAGCCAAAGCGAGCGAGAGGAGUUUGAGACGGACUCCAAACAGAAGUAUGAGAGAGAGCGCGUUCUUCUCACAGAGGAGAACAAGAAGUUAGCCAGCGAGCUGGAUAAGCUGUCCGGUAUGUUUGAGAAGGUGAGCAGCGCCAGACGGCAGCUGGAGGAGGAGCUGAGGGAGCUGUCGGACAAGAAGGAGAGCGUAGCGCACUGGGAGGCCCAGAUCACUGAGAUCAUCCAGUGGGUGAGUGAUGAGAAGGAUGCGCGCGGCUACCUACAGGCGUUGGCCACCAAGAUGACGGAGGAGCUGGAGGGUCUGAGGAACACCAGCCUGGGGGCCCGUGCCACGGACAUGCCGUGGAAGAUGCGUCGCUUCGCCAAGCUGGACAUGUCGGCCCGUCUGGAGCUGCAGUCGGCCCUGGACGCUGAGAUCAGGGCCAAGCAGGGCAUCCAGGAUGAGCUCAACAAAGUCAAGGCCUCUAACAUCUCCACCGAGUGUAAACUACAGGAGGUAGAGAACAGGAACCAGGACCUGCUGUCUGAGAUCGACCGGCUGAAGAAGGAGACGGAGGAGAUGAGGCUGCGCAGGGGAGUUAAACACCAAGAUUCCCAGAAUUCCUUCCUGGCGUUCCUUAACGCCCCCACCUCAGCGCUGGACCAGUUCGAUCGCUCGCCCUCCGUCGGCCCGAGUAGCAAAGGCAGACGUGUGGACUCUGUGGAUAACUUCACCCCCUCCAACACUCCAUCCCGGGAAGAUGACUCCAAAUCCCACCUCAAGUCUCGCUCCCGCUCCCCUUCCAUGGCCAGUGACCUGGAGCCCAUUGAGUUGAUAGACCACUCGCCUCGCUCUGGCCAGACGCCCACUCUACGGUCUGGGGGCUACGGUAGCAUCGGACGCUCCUCGCCCAAGCCCAAAGCCCACCAGUUUGUGGUGAAGUCCUUCAACACGCCCACCAAGUGCAACCAGUGCACCUCCCUGAUGGUGGGCCUGAAGCGCCAGGGCUGCACCUGCGAAGUGUGUAACUUCUCCUGCCACGUGACGUGUGCCGACAAGGCCCCGGCCGUAUGCCCGGUCCCCCAGGACCAGACCAAGGGGCCCCUGGGCAUCGACCCCCAGAGGGGCAUCGGCACCGCCUACGAGGGCCAUGUCAGGGUCCCCAAGCCCACAGGGGUGAAGAAGGGCUGGCAGAGAGCCAUGGCGGUGGUGUGUGACUUCAAGCUGUUCCUGUACGAGCUGGGGGAGGGCAAGGCGACCCUGCCCAGCGUGGUGGUCAGCCAGGUCAUCGACAUGAGAGACGAGGAGUUUUCCGUCAGCCCAGUGUUGGCCUCGGAUGUCAUCCACGCCAACCGCAAGGACAUCCCCUGCAUCUUCAGAGUGACGGCGUCGCAGCUGUCCCCCACGACCAGCCACAAGCCGUCCAUCCUGAUGCUGGCCGACAGCGACCAGGAGCGCAACAAGUGGGUGGGGCUUCUGAGCGAGCUGCACCGCAUCCUGAAGAAGAACAAGCUGAAGGAGCGCUUCGUCUACGCCCCCAAGGAGGCCUACGACUCCACCCUGCCGCUCAUCAAGACCACCCAGAGCGCCACCAUCAUCGAUCACGAGCGUGUUGCCCUUGGCAACGAGGAAGGCCUGUAUGUCAUCCAUGUUACAAAAGAUGAGAUCAUCCGUGUGGGUGACAACAAGAAGGUGCACCACAUCGACCUGAUUGGCCAGGAGCAGCUGCUGGCCGUCAUCUCGGGGCGCAACCGCCACGUGCGCCUCUUCCCCACGCAGGCGCUGGACGGCCGGGAGACGGACUCCUUCAAGCUGCCGGAGACCAAGGGCUGCCAGGCGCUGGUGUCGGGCCCCGUGCGCGGCGGCUCCGUCACCUGCCUCUGCGUGGCCAUGAAGAGGCAGGUCAUCUGCUACGAGGUGAACAAGAGCAAGUCUCGGCACCGCCGGGUGAGGGAUCUGCAGGCCCCGGGCCACGUCCAGUGGAUGGGUCUGCUCAACGAGCGCCUCUACGUGGGCUACCAGGCCGGCUUCACCCGCUACAGUGUCCAUGGCGACCACUCUCCGGUCAGCCUGCUGCACCCUGACGACCAGACGCUGGCCUUCAUCGCUCAGGACGGCCUGGACUCGCUGUGCGCCGUGGAGAUCUCCAGCAAGGAGCUGCUGCUGUGCUUCAGCGCCAUCGGCCUCUACGUCGACUCCCAGGGCCGCCGCUCCCGGCAGCAGGAGCUCAUGUGGCCCGCCACGCCCAACGCCGCCUGCUUCAACGCCCCCUACCUGUCUGUGUACAGCGAGAACGCCGUGGACGUGUUUGACGUCAACACAAUGGAGUGGAUACAGACCAUGCCUCUGAAGAAGGUGCGACCUCUGAACGUGGACGGCUCCCUGAACCUGCUGGGCUUGGAGACGGUCAGGCUCAUCUACUUCAGGAACAAGACGGCGGAGGGCGAUGAGCUGGUGGUCCCGGAGACGUCAGACAACAGCAGGAAGCAGCUGGUGCGCAGCAUGAACAACAAGCGGCGCUUCUCCUUCAGGGUCCCCGAGGAGGAGCGGCUGCAGCAGCGGAGGGAGAUGUUGCGAGACCCAGAGAUGAGGAGCAAGCUGAUCUCCAACCCAACCAACUUUAACCACGUGGCUCACAUGGGACCAGGAGACGGGAUCCAGAUCCUGAAAGACCUGCCCAUGAACGUGCGUGUUCAGGAGAACCGGGCGGGGUUCAGCGGCUCCGUCAGCAUCCCCUCCAUCACCAAGAACCGGGCGGAGCCUGGCCGCUCCAUGAGCGCCAGCAGUGGGCUGGGCAUCCGCUCGUCCUCUCAGAAUGGCAGUGCCCUGCGUCGGGAGCUCUCUGGCGGGAGCUACAGCUCCAAGCGCCACACCAUGACGUCCCCGUCUGAGAGCUCGCUGUCGUCCGGCGGAGGCGGCGAGUGCGGGGACGCCCCGCUCUCCCAGUUCGACCGAGAGUGGCAGGCGGUCUCGCCGUCGGAGAAGACCCCCGAUCUGAAAAGGGCUUUAAGGACCCUGCUUAGUAAGAUGAAGGACUCUGACUCGCCCCGUCACUCCACGGCCUCCAACAGCUCCACCUUCAGCAGCCCCCCCAGUCCCGCCUCGCCCCACAAGACCAAGUCCCUGUCCUUGGAGAGCACGGACCGCAUGGCCUGGGACACAUGAGCCAAGCCCCCUCCACCUCCACCACCACCUCCGACGCCGCCACCACCUCUGGUCCACCCAACCCACUCAACCCAUUGACUGACAGCACAGGACUCCAAUCCCUAUCUGCCAACCAAGCCCUCAGGGCCUGCCCCCUCCUCGCCCUCCAACAGAACUCAUCCAAUCGUAUCUCAUCUAAAGGUUCCUCCUCUUCUGACGUCGUACCCAAAGAACUCAUUGGCCAAUAGUGUGCUGGCCUACAUCGUCUCCCAGUAUGUCUGUAAAUACACGCUCAAAGGGCGGGUCUGGGGUCUUUCUUCUUUGGGUUAGUGGGUGUAUGUGUGGUGUGAGUUUGCGUUUUUAUUAGAAAAGGCAUUUAAAGGAUAUAGAAAGAAAUAACAUCCGCAAUACCCGUUGUGCCGCCGGCUCUUUCGCAAAUAACUUUCCCGAAACAUCGGAAACCUCGAUUUUUCCGGUGACUAUAACGGGCUGCGCCGCUUGGCUGAGUCACUGAGUUGCCAUCGGGAAAUCCGGUUUCCCGCCUAUUUGAAAAUCGCUCAAUGACCCCCUCAAUAGGCGACCGGCAGAGAGCAAAUAUGGAGAAGACAUGAUUCGUAUUGUACAUAGAACUCGCAGUGUUUUGAUCGGACGAAAUUUCCGUUUAUUUAUCGAUCUUAGACUUGGAAAGGCGGGCUCUUUGAGAGCCAGAGUGAAGCGGUGACAUAUAAUUUUUUACCUCGGGGAAAGAAUUGAUAUUGUAACACAAAAAGACAGACGAGCUGCAAUUUUAUUUUAUUUUAUUUUGCUCUUCUAAUUGACACUAGCUAGGUGCAGUGAAUGAAUUUUGACUGCGAUACGGCAGCGUUACUAAGCAACGCAUUACGGAGUGAGUUUUAUUUCUUUUUAGAGACUUACGCCCCACUCUGUCAUCUGGUCCGUAGGGAUUGUCUUUUUUUUGGUUUCAGACGCGUGCGCGGACACUCAGAAUACAUUCGACACUGUGUGAUGACAUUGUCAUGGCUCUCUUAUGCUAACCUCUUCCUCACCGGGGGCCAGUGAGAGUGACCUCAUCAGCAGAGCUCGGGACCACCUCCCAUGUAGAUGUAGCCCCCCCGACCGCCAUCCGGACCAGCAGUUGAACACCACACCAAUUUACUCGGCAACAACAAAAUGGAUUCCCACCACAAUAAUGUAUAUAGAAUCAAAGUAGAGAGUAAUAUAUGAUAUGGAAAAUACUAUAGCGAAAUACAUGGGAGAGAGAAAGAGAGAGAGAGAGAAAAAAUCCUUACUCUUUUGUUCAUCUUUUUAAACUUUUGUUGUAUCCUUUGGUCGAGUGAUUAUUUUUGCUGGGUUGUAUUCACACGGAAGCCAUUUUUAAACCACUUUCCAAUGUGUUUUUGUUUCUUUCUUUUUUUUAUUGUAUGUAUUA